AUGCGCAAGGAACGCCGCGAGGCGUUGGGGCACUUACAACGUGUGACCGUAAUUCUGUGUAUCUAUGCUUACUUUCUCGAUGGGAUCCUGCUGCUCCUUCUCGCCCGCUUGGUGGUGUUUUAUCAAUAUUUUCGCCCGCACCUCAUCGGGUCACAUCGUAGCGUUGCCGGCUACGCACGCGCCAAUACUGUGUUUCAGUGUGCUUGCGUGACACUGCAGCUCUUGCAUGAUCGCACACCCACACGCAAACGAUUCUUGCUGGACUUUGUGGGGCAAGACUAUGUCGCCUCCCCAUUCCUCCUGGUCUUUGUCGACGUCCUCAUCUGGUUCUUUCACAUGAUCGUGAUUGCCAUGACGGUCGAGGAGGUGCAUUGCCGCCGGCAUCCAAGUCGUCUCAAUCGGUUGGACGUCACCGAGGCGGAUCGAUACCCACUCACAUCCAUGCCUGCAGACGCAACACACCACGAUACGGAUCGCGAGCCUCUACUAGACGAGCAAGAAAGUAACGACGCAGCUGGGAAGCCCACCACCUCGACAUCCGAGUCGUUUGUACCAUCCACCGAGGAGCCCAUUGCCUUCAUUCGGUGGUCCAUGCUGUGGCGGACAGGCGCAGCACCUCAUACUGGCAUCACAGCUCAUACACCACCUGCUUCUGCACCGUCAUAG